CUCUCUCUCUCUCUCUCUCUCUAGUCUCUACUACUCAACUUCUCCCAAUAAUUCGAUCUGUUCAACAAAUUUUACAAACCCCAAUGACAACCGGAAGAGAAAUUCUCCACAAGAUGAAGGUGAAGGCAGGGUUUUGUAGUUCAUCGGCAGCGGAAACAGGAGGGAAAGGGAAAGGGAAAGUAACGGCAAAGAAUAGUAAUAAUAAUAAUGUAAGUUAUGGGAGUUAUUUGGUGAAGGGAAAAGCCAACCAUCCAAUGGAAGAUUAUUUAGUCACCGAUUUCAAGAGAGUCAAAGAACAUGAUUUGGGUUUGUUUGCUAUUUUUGAUGGACAUUUGGGACAUGAUGUUGCUAAUUUCUUGCAAAACAAUCUCUUUGAUAACAUCCUUAAACAGGGUGAUUUGUGGAGCGAAACAAGAAAGGCAAUAAAAAGAGCAUACAAGAAAACAGACGAAGAAAUAUUGGAUAAAGUGAAGCAACUCGGAAAAGGAGGAUCAACGGCUGUAACCGCCAUCUUGAUCGACGCUCAUAAACUUGUGGUUGCCAACGUCGGAGAUUCUAGAGCUGUUUUGUGCAAAAACGGCGUCGCCUACCAACUUUCCGUUGACCAUGAACCCACUAAAGAGAAAAGAGAAAUUGAAAGCCGUGGUGGUUUUGUGUCAAACAUUCCAGGUGAUGUUCCACGUGUCGAUGGACAAUUGGCAGUUGCCAGAGCAUUCGGCGAUAAGAGCUUAAAAAUCCACCUCAGCUCAGAACCUGACGUGGAAGUCAAAACGGUUGACGAAACUACGGAGUUCAUGAUCUUGGCUAGCGACGGCAUAUGGAAGGUCAUGACAAAUCAAGAGGCCGUAGAAUCAAUUAGGCAUAUAAAGGAUGCGAACGUAGCUGCAAAACGACUUAUCGACGAAGCAGUUUCUAGGAGAAGCACGGAUGACAUAUCAUGCAUUGUUGUUAGGUUUCGAUGAUUUUCUUCCCUUUUUGCAAAAUUUUAAAUAGGCUAUAAUUUAAUAUAGUGUGUAUAAUGUUGGACAGUGAAUUUGUUUGCCAAUUGGCUACUGUCCAUAAAUUUCUUAUAAAUAUUACUUCAAACUCCACAUUAUCAAAAGUUUAUUCUGAAUUUAAAGUCUUUUUUGUACCUUUAAAUCACUAAUGUACAUCGUAAUUAUUAGUUAUAUUUUGUAUCAACCA